AUGCCAGUCAGUUGCACGCAAUGUUGUGGUCCAAAUGACAUUGAGUUUACUGAGCAGUUGAGUGAAGCCAAUAGUGCAUCAACAACAGCUGCAGUCUCAGCACCAGGGCCCUCCACGGAUACUCAAAGCUUCUGGCAUGGCCAUCGGUUCCUCAACUUCCUUCUUGCUUGUAUGGUAUUUGCUUUUGUCAUAUCAUGGCUCUUUCACUUCAACGUUCCGUCAUGA